AUGCAAACUCCCUUAGCUCGGACUCGACAGAUAGCUCGACUUGCCUUACCUUCACUAAGAGCAGAAACGAAACCUCCACUCUGCUCAAGAUGUCUUCAUGCUCUUCAGCUUCGAACUUACACUACCAGAAUUCAGAACACUCAGAGAACAAGAAAGACUUGUUCGGAAUUCUCCUCGAAAGAAAGAUGGGUACCUGUGCCUCCUUCUAGCUCUUCGUCACGAUCACAGCCUUCAAUAACUGAUCAAUUACUCAAAACCGAAUUUGAAACCAUCGUCGACUCAUCAUCUUCCGCCAUUCUACUUGACGAUAUUAAAAAGGCCAUAUCGGCGAUAUAUCCAUUGAUAUACCGAAGAGAACUUCGACCAUUACUUGAUCCUUACUUGGAAGAAAUAUCACUUACACUUUCAAACAAAGCUGAAUCAUGCAAUUUGUCAGAAGAGGCGACAAGGCAAUUGAUAACUAUAUUGAACCACUGCUGGACCCGAUCCAUAUUUCUUGAAUCUCCAAAAGAAAAGGUUCAUUCGAUAGAAAAGUCUUAUGCUGGAUAUCUAUUUCGUCAAUGUACCAAUACCCAAUACACGCCAAAUUUAACGAAUUAUCUGAAUAUACUACAAUCUGCAAUAGAGAAACAAAAUAAACACACUCAACCACUACUCAGUAAAGAAUUAACUUCUGCUUGGAUAGUAUUAAGAACCAAGUUGAACAUAGAAAAGAAAUUAAGGUUUACUUUCAAUGGACCAUCAAUACAAAGUGUCGAAGUCUAUUUGAAGGAGAUCAUUAAAGAAGAGGAGGUGGAGACUUAUCUGAUUAUGAUGAGAAUCUUAUUCAAAUCUCAGAAAAGGGAGAUUGGAGAUAUCGAAACUCAAAUCCAAAAUCUUCGCAGAAAGAAUGAUUAUCAAGGUAUAACAUCUUUAUGGGAAGAAUACAAAUCACAAUUAACUAUCAAGAAAUCUUCGAAUGACUCGAAAGAACAGGAUAAUACUUUAUCCGUUUUUCUCAGGAUCUUCAAGCGAUCAUCUUCAGCUUCUCAAUCUUUCGAUAAACAAUUCAAUGAGGUUUUGUCAUUUUGUGCUCGACCAUACUCGAGAGUCACCUCGCAGACCUUACUAGCUCUUCGAGUAAAACCAGAUCCUACAGCUUUAAAAGCAGGACACGAGGUCAUAUCUCUUGAUCAUGAAGAUAUCGUCUCGUCAAAAUCGGAUAACGCAUUGGACAACUUGAAGAGCAUAUGGAAUGAAAUGGGUGAAAAAGAUUUGAAGAUGUACAUGAUUUACCUAGAAGGUUUAGGCAGAUUAGGCGAUUUAGGGGGAUUGAAGGAAGCUUGGAAUCAACUAGUUAAAGAUGAGAAGACGAAAGCGAUUUAUCUCGAGGAAGAGAGGUUAUCCCCCUCAGCGCCUUUCCCACCCGUCCAGGCUCUCAAUCAAAUGAUCUCGGCCUGUCUUCUCAUCCCUGAUGGUCCCGCAAUCGCGCUUGAUCUUUUCGGUCAAGCAGCUUCGCCAUUAUCCACAAUUCCAAUCAACCUGAUUACCAUCAACACGAUCCUGAGACAUCAUGCACGUCAAGCUGAUCUACCAUCAAUGUCAUCAUUAUUCACUUUAGCUGAAAAGCUAAAACUGAAACCCGAUGUAGUCACAUAUACUACACUAGUUCAAGGACUACUUCGAGGUGGUAAAGUUGAAUUAGCUAAAAAGGUUUUGGAGGAUAUGUCAAGUCAAGGAAUAUCACCAAAUGAAAGAAUGUGCUCAAUGUUAAUUGCAGAUUUAGCUAAAAGUGGAUCAUCGAAAUCGUUAUCUUACGCGGAAGAAUUAUUGAGACUUAUGAUAAGAAAGGGUAUGAAAACGAAUGAAGUCACUUGGACAGGAUUAAUAUCAGGUUAUUUCAAAGGAGGAUGGGAAAGAGAUGGAUUCGAGACUAUCUCAAGAAUGGAAAGAGCAGGUCAUAAAUUAAAUAGAAUAGGUUGGAACAUGUGUUUAAAACAGUAUUCAAAAUCAAAUGGUGAUAACAUAUUAGAAGUUUGGAAUAAAUCUUUGAAAGAAGGUAUUUCACCAAAUAGUGAUUCUUAUUUCUUAGUUUUGAAUCCAUUGGUAGCCAUGAAGAAAUGGGAUGAAGCGUAUCAAGUCAUCAAUGAAAUGAAUAAAAGACGUUUUAGACCUGAAAAGGGAACUCUAAGAAAUUUGGUCGAACGAGUAAAGUAUAGAAGGUGA